AAAUAAAUCGGCACAUAAAGGAAAAAUGACAAAAGAGGGAGCUUUAAGUAGAGAAACCUUCAUAGAUUGCCCAGGACGAAGAAGAAGAAGAAGAAGAAAAAGAAAGAGGAAUUCUGCGUUAGCUGAAAUAGAUCAUCAUCAUCAUCAAUUCAUAGUCCGUUGGGAAGAUUAAUGUAAAGGAUGGAUUCUCAAAUUGAGUCUUCACAGAAAGUUGAUUCAGUUUUGAGUUCAGAGCCAAAACCUGCAGAAAGUGAUAUGGAAGCUCGGGUGCAAGCAAUGUGGGAGCAAAUGAAUAAAGGGUUGGGUAAUAAGCCUGUCAAACCCAUUUCAAAUAAACGUAUUAGUUCAACCAUGAAUACUAAUUCACAGAAAUUCAACGAUAAUUGGAUGACAUAUCUGGGUCUCGCACCAAAGAAGGCAGGAUACCCUGGACAAGGUGACCAGCAGAAUGGAGGAAGUGGUUUGCAGGAUGGUACCAGCAAAGAUGACAAGGUUGCUGCCAGGUGGGACCAAAUGAAUAAGGAAGUAUCUAAUAAGACACUUUCAAGCAAGUCUUCAGAUAGAACUUCACAAAAUAAGUCUGAUAAUUGGAUGGCUUAUCUGGGUCUGGCAACAAAGAAAUCAGAAAGCUCUAUACCAGAUGCAUCACAAAAGGGAUCUAGUGUUUUGCAAAAUGCCACUAGUGAUGAGGCCAAAAAACUUGCUGCUGCUGCUCUCUCAGCAGUUAAGGAUGCUGCAGCCGCUGCUUCAGGCAGGGGUAAAGUUGAGAUCUCAGAGGUACGAGAUUUUGCAGGUCAGGAAAUUGAAGUUAAGAAGCUUGUUGAUGCAGAGUCAAAAGAGGCUGCUGAAAAGGCCAGAACUCCUCCACCUUCUGCAGUGGAUGCUGUUCUAGAACAAAUUAAGAAGAAACCUAAGCUCAGUGUGCUUGACAAGACGAAAAAGGAUUGGGGAGAAUUUAAGGAAGAGAAUAAGGGGCUAGAAGAGGAGUUAGAUGCUUAUAAGAAAAGCUCAAACCAGUAUCUGGACAAGGUAUCAUUCUUGCAACGAGCUGAUUACAGAGAAUUUGAGAGGGAGAGAGAUGCACGGCUAGCUCUACAGGCCAGGAGGAGGACGGAUAUGCGAGAAGAUGAUCUUUAAAUUCAUAAAUUCUAUCUUGCUUAGCUAUCGUGAGCAUGUGGAAAUCAAGGGAUUAACCUGGAAUUUUUUACAAUGUAGUGAAGGCCUUCUCAUAGGGGACCAUUUGUCAAUGAGCUGUAUGAAUUUGUGAUGCAGUAGAAGUCCUGUGAUACAUUGUUUUACUUUUGACGGCCAAUUUUUUACCAAAUGGUUUUGCCUCUUA